UCUUACCAUCCACGACCUCCACGACGCCGACUCCCGACGCUCAUGGCGCAAUGGGGCCAACCAGGCUAUCAGUAUCCCAUGCAAACGGGGUACAAUCCACAACAGUUCCAGCAAGGAUUCCAGCCUAACGGUGGCAUCGCACCGCAGCCCAUCGGCUUUCCAGGUCAACGACCCCCAGGCUUUCAACAGCCCCAGCAAACUGGCUUUCCAGGCGCGCCUGGUUUCCAACAGCCUCAGCAAACCGGAUUUCCUGGACAGCAAGGGUCGUUGCUUCCCCAGCAGACGGGCUUCCAGGGUGCCAGCGGCUUCCAGCAGCGCGCCCCGCCUCCGCCCCCACCUGUGCCUCCGAUCCCCUCACAGUUCCAGCAGAAUGCUGGCCCACAGAACAGUGGAUUCCUUGGACUGCAGUCGCAACCGACUGGCCGCUUCCCGGCGGCGUCGCCCUUGCAAGCUCAGCCACAGGGUACCCCGAUGACGGGCUUCGUCGACCCACGGCUGCAGAUGAUGUCGACGACGUUCAUGCCUAUCAAUCCGACGAUGCCUUACAACCCUGCCGGCGCGCCCCAGCUGCCGUCCGCCCAGCUUGGGGGCAUGUCCCUCCAGCAGAACUUCCAGCAGCACAAUCAGGUACAGCGUGGAAAUGCGGCGCCGAGGGUGCCCUGGGCUCUCAGCAAGGCCGAGAAGAAGCAAUAUGAUCAGAUCUUCCGAGCUUGGGACAUGCAGGGGACUGGCUUCAUCGGCGGAGAGACUGCGCUGGAGGUGUUCGGGCAGAGUGGACUGGACAGGAAUGAUCUUGCAAAGAUUUGGGCACUUGCGGAUGUCGACAACCGAGGCAAACUAAAUCUGGCAGAGUUCCACGUUGCCAUGGGACUUAUUUACCGACGGUUGAACGGUAAUGACAUUCCUGACGAGUUGCCCCAGGAGAUGGUGCCGCCGUCUCACAGAGACCUUGAUGCGUCAGUAACAUUGCUCAAGGACAUCUUGAAGAACGAUACUCGCGCCCGUUCUCCGUCCGCCAUUGAUUCACCCGUGUCGAGGCUGAAGGAACGAUCUUUCAACAGCACAGGCGCCGCUGGUGCAGGCGGUAGGCAGGAUGCAACAGUGUACAAGUACACUGACGAGAGCCCGCCCGGCGGCUUCUACCAGCCCCGUUCGCGCCAUGUCGACCGCAGCGCGGUGCGGACGACGUCGGAUUUGGAUAACCCGGCGUCAGAUUUGGACGAGAUGAAGCGGCAGCUGGAGAACACGGCAAAGAUGCUCGACCGCGCCACGGAGGAGAGCGCUUCGAGGACGGCAGAAGACGAGGCCCUCGACAGGGAGAUGGAGGACCUUCGCUAUCGCGUGAAUAGGGUGAAGGACGACUUGGACUACGUGUCGCGUGGGCAGAGAAGUCAAGCGAAGGACGAGGAAAGACGUCGCCUUGAACGGGAGCUCUUGAAGCUCAUGCACGAGCGUAUCCCUGAGGUGGAGAGGAAGAUCAAGGAUCGCGAGGAGCGGCGCGCAAGAGAAAAGAGGGAGUGGGCGAGGGAUAGGGAUAGGCGUAACGAGCGGUUCGGCCGCUACGACGAUAGGGAUGACCGGUACUCACCACGAUACGAUGACGACAGGGACCGCCCGUACUCUCGGAAUCGGGACAGGGACCACGAACGAGACCGCGACUACGACAACAGGCCUUACUCGCGCAACAGGGAUAGGGACAGGGACUAUGACCGCGACCGCGACUACGAUCGUGAUCGGCGUGACUAUGACCGUCCCAGGAGCCCGGCUGCUGCUGCUGCGCCCGCCACCGCCGCCCCGAUGCCUACAAAAUCGCCCGCACCGAACCUCAAAAAUAUGUCGGAUGAGGAACGCAAGGCUUUCAUUCGCGCAGAAGCACAACGUCGUAUGCAGGAGCGCAUGGCCGCCCUAGGCGUCGCGCCUGCGGGCUCUACGUCGCCCAAGCUCGACACCAGCGUCGAGGACAGGCUUGUCCUGGAGAAGAGGGAAGCCGAAGAGAAGGCACGCGCGGCAGAGAAGGCGGCUGAAGAACGAGAGCGGACGCGCAGAGAGCGUCUCGAGAACGAGAAGGCAUUGAAGGGGACCCGUCACCUGCCCCGCCGACACCAAGCACUACGCACCACCUCCUGCGCCGCCUAUACCGACUGCUUCAGCCCAGACUCCGACGCCCAAGCCGACGCCUCCUCCGCGCCAGUUCCGACACCCCCCGUGGCAUCUCCUGCUCCGCCCGCCCCUGCGGCACCCGCUGGAAGAGGAAGAGGCCGACGUGCUGAAGAGGACUACCAAGCACGUCGUCGUGCCUUUGAAGCGAAGGCCGCGCCCCCUUCCGCGACGUCUUCCCCACCUGCGCCGCCACCGCCUGCGCCUUUUGUCGCCGAGGCCCCUGCUGCAGUCGCACCGCCGCCCCCGCCUCCGCCGCCUGCACCACCAGCUCCUACCACACCAGCAGCAGAUAGGUCGGCUACCAAUCCCUUUAGCCGCAUCAUGAAGGACGGUCCUAGCCCUGGCACACCAACCCUUCUUCAAGAACCAAGCUGCGUCGCCGCCUGCACCCCCUCGCGCCCCUCCUGCACCUCCUGCAGACUGGGACGACAUUCAGGAAAGGACGACGACGAUAGCAGUGAUGACGAGAUUGACUCCUCUCGUGAUACUCGCAAUAAGCUGGCUCAGCAGUUAUUUGGUAGCAUCUUGCCGCCGUCUCGUCCCGAGUCCGCGGGCGCUUCUACAUCGUCUCCUGCCCCUCCUCCCGCACCUCCGCCGCCAUCUUCAGCGCCACCAGCACCAGUUGCUGAUGGUGCACCUGCAGCACCGCCGCCGCCGCCCAUGGCCCCGGUCGCACCUCCGCCCCCAGCAGUUGCAGCGCCUGCACCGUCUGGAGAUCGGAGCGCUCUACUUGGUGCCAUUCAAGCCGGUGCUAGACUGAGGAAGGCGCAGACUAACGAUCGCAAACCCCCGGUGCAUAUUAGCUCUGCCCCGAGGGCGCCCUCGCCUCCGGAUCGAUACGACUCAUUGUCCGGACUUCCUGAACCGCCGACUAUGAGCGCGCGACUGGUAUGCGGGACUCGCCGCGGAGCUGGGUCAGCGCCACCCGACAUGUCGCGCUUGCCUUCCAUGGCUGAGGAGGAAGAGCCUGCUACGCCCGUUCCGGCAAUUCAGGUCGACGCCGCUGAGAAUGAUGCUAUGGCAGACGUCGACAAAUCAACUGAAUACCGUGUCCGCUCCUUGUACCCCUAUGAAGGGCAAAGACCUGAAGAUCUCUCGUUUGCAGAAAAUCUAAUGAUCAAAGCUAACCCCUCUAAGACUGGUGGCGACUGGUGGUAUGGUACUCUUCUCCGGGAUGGUAGGGCCGGGUUCUUCCCAAAGACGUACGUCCAAAGGAUAGAGUCAGUCAAAGCUCGUGCUCUGUACGCGUACGAAGGCAAUAGCCCUGAAGAAUUACCCUUCUCAGAAGGCGAUGAGCUAUCCAUCGUGGAUCGAAACGAAGCCGACUGGUGGAAGGCUGAGCGGGAAGGAGUUGUGUUUAUCGUUCCUGCCGGAUACCUAGAGAUCAUUGAGGCAGCGCCCAAUUUCGUAUCGGUACCCGUGGUGGACAAGCCAUUACCACAACCUCCUACGGCCGGAGAAGAUCCGCCUCAAGACCUUAUUGGGGACUUCAGCGGGGGCAUUCCAUCAACUGAGCCCGUACACGAGGAGGAUGCGGUGGACAAUCAGGAAGACGAUUCAUCUGAUACUGAGUCUGAGUACCUCUCUUUCUCCGAGUCUGACGCAGAUGACACCGAAGAAGAUGUGACUGAAGAGGCACGAGCUGCAGAACGGAAGGCACGCGCCCUGGAACAUCAGCGAGUGAAGCCUCCGCCAAGGCCCGUACGACCCAGGAAGGAGCGCAAGCGGCGCCCACCGCCUGCUGUCCCGGAUCGCGUCUCUGCUGGUGCUCACUCCAGGGGCACCUCCGCAGACCUCGAUGUGUCGGGAGAUGCUGAUAGCUCCCUACGUUUGGACGAUGCCUUCGAACGGUAUGAAGCUUACCGGCAGGCGAACCCUAAUAUGAAUCGUCUGUCGAUGGUGUCGAUGGACAGUAGCAUCAGCGGGCCUGUUGCUAGCCCGACAUCACCAAGCUACAUUGCGCGAAGCGCCUCGACUGAAGCCGAAAGUAGAAGUGGUCUACACUUCCUGAGUAUCUUUGGUCGCAAGACGCCUGCGAAUGAUGGAGAGGCGCGGACGAUGCCUGUCAUUUCAGCACCCAUAUCCAGGGAUAAUAGCGCGGCUGGCGCGGAGGUCGACAGCGCGUUUGGCUCGACGUGGGCAAGUCUUGUCGAUAAGUCGGUCCUGGAAGACAUACCGACGAAGGAACGACGUCGACAAGAGGCGAUGUUCGAAUUCAUCCUCACCGAAGCUGCGUACGUCCGAGACUUGCAGCUGAUUGUGGAGCACUUCUACGCCAACUUAAUGUCAGUACUAGAAGACAAAGCUGUCAAAGUCAUCUUCGCCAACGUGGAAGACAUUUUACUUAUCAAUACGACAUUCUUGAGUGUGUUGGAAGAGAGACAAAAGGAAUGCCGGCUUUACAUCGACAAACUCGGCGACAUUCUCCGCAGGAACAUGUCAGAAAUGGGUGUCUAUGUGGAGUACUGCGUCAACCAGGCGUAUGCUGCCAGGGUCUUGCAAUCUGAACGCGAGAGAAAGCCUGAGUUGGCACAGCUUCUGCAGCGUCUGAGAGAUGACCCCACUGCCCGUAACCUGGACUUGUCUAGCUACCUGCUCGUUCCCAAAGCGACGGAAGACCGCAGACACAUAGAGCAUGCCCUUGACAUGGCAGAGAGGAUUCUAGCGCAUAUCAACGAAACCAUCCGAGAGCAAGAGGGCCAAGAACGUCUGCGGACUAUCUCAAAGGAUCUCUGGAUCGGGCAAGGUCGGCUGGACUUGACCGCGCCAACACGUCACAUGGGGCCCCGGAAACUGCUGAAGGAGAGCGUGCUCAUGAAAGCGAAGAGCGGACGCAAACUACGCGCGUUCCUGUGUAGCGACAUCUUGGUGCUCACGCAAGAUCCCGCGAAGCAGCUUUACCGGACACCCAUCCCGCUCUCUGAAGUACGAGUGCAGGAGGUGCCAGGGAGAAGAGAUGACCUUGCGUUCCAAAUCUCGAUAGCCUAUCCGCGCGGUGGAGACGCCAUAGCUCUGCGUGCGUCCUCUGCUCGGGAUUGCCAGGUCUGGAUGCAAGCCAUUGAGAAGGCUAGUGCCAUCUGCCGUGAUGCGGAGCAGAGGGCGCGAGCGUGCUGAGAUUGUUGAGCUUUGCUUGCUGUUCGUGAACAUUUUGGUUUUGUCUGAUACUGGACAGUCGAUAUCGAAUAUGCGCUGGACAUUUUUUUACGACGCUGAUCUUCAACCUUUGUACUUCGUGAGGUUGAUUCGGAACAUUAUGCGUGGUCCUACUUCAAUGAGCGGAAGAGACUGCACCAGCUCAAA